AUGAAGGUUAGUGUAUUAGGAGCUGGGGGAGGUAUUGGGCAACCAUUAUCAUUACUUCUCAAGUUGAAUGAGUCAGUCGAUGAGUUAUCGCUAUACGAUAUCUAUGGAGGAUAUGGUGUCGCAAGUGACUUGUCACAUAUCGACAGAAGAUGUAAAGUUCAAGGAUAUGAGAAAGAAGAAGAGAUGGAGGAAUGUUUGGAAAACAGUGACAUUGUUAUAAUUUGUGCUGGAAUUGGACGAAGCUCUAGUGAUAUCAGUCGAGACGAAUUGUUUAACAAGAACUGUUUGAUUAUUCGGAAAUUGGUCAACAAAAUCAUCGAGUUCAGUGAGAACUCAAUCGUUUUGGUAAUCAGCAAUCCAGUGAAUUCGUUGGUUCCCAUCGUCUGUGAAAUGUUCAAAAAAAGGGGAAUUGAUAAGAGAAACAAGAUAUAUGGGAUAACUACGUUAGACUUGAUCCGAAGCGAGGUGUUUUUAAGAGAGAUAUUGAAUGGAAAGGGCAUCUAUGAGUACGACAAUGCUAUUCAAGAGAGCAUUCGAGUGAUUGGGGGUCAUUCCAAGGAAAGCAUUGUUCCCAUUAUUUUGAACAGGGAGAUCAAGAGCAAGUUGAGUGCAAUUGAGUAUGAAAGGUUUGUGAAAAGGGUUCAAAACGGCGGCGACGAGGUUGUUGAGGCCAAGAAUGGGCGAGGAUCAGCUACGCUCUCGAUGGCGUUUGCUGGACACCGCUUUGUGUGCUGCUUGUUGGCCAGGCUUUCGGGAACCAGCGGCGACGGAGCGGGCGAAAGCGCCUACGUCGGGCUCGCCCAGCCGGUACCAGGACUCUUGCACGUGGAGUACUUUUCCAUGCCGCUCGAAAUCAACGCCAGGGGCGAGUGCGUCGGCGUCGAUAGCGGGCUCCUCCGCACGCUCGACGCCACCGAGAGGCGGCUUGUGGAGACAGCUGUGAGCCGCGUGAGGCAGAACGUCGCGCAGGGCCAGAACUACGUCAGCGGCACCCACUUGUGA